UGACCUGAAGUUUACAUAUCCUAAAGAAAAACCAGACGCACAAACUAUAGGGGUGCUUGAUUAUUGCCCAAAAUUCCAACAGUGAAAUAUGGAACAAGAUUCCUACAAGAAAUCCAAAGGAAGCACCGUUGAGGAAUGCCAAAGCAUGAUUCAAAGAAGUCUACGGACUCCAAUGGUUAAAUUUUGAUGGAGCAUAUGGAAAGCUGGGUGUAAAUUAGGAGAUAAUUUCAUCAAGGCAGUUAAUUGCGACCGGCAGAUGGGUGGAGGCUAUGUUCGUGGUGAUGGGAUAGUGGUGUGUAGCAACCAUAUGAAACUGCAAGACGAUGUCAAUCAAGUAGUUAUACAUGAGCUUAUUCACGCAUAUGAUGAAUGCCGUGCUGCGAAUUUGGACUGGUCUAAUUGUGCUCAUCAUGCUUGUAGUGAGAUUCGUGCUGGACAUCUAAGUGGCGAUUGCCACUACAAACGGGAAUUGCUGCGGGGUUUUAUGAAGAUAAGGGGGCAUGAACAAGACUGUGUGAGAAGAAGAGUUCUGAAAUCAUUGACCGUUAACCCCUUCUGCUCCGAAACAGCCGCGAAGGAUGCCAUGGAAGCCGUGUGGGAUAUCUGUUAUAAUGACACGAGGCCCUUUGACAGAGCUCCUUGAACUCCAGUCACGGCCACCCCGAUCGGUUUCUACUUCAAAUGAUUCUCUAAUAAAUCCUUUUAUGUGUCGUACAAUAGGAACAUUCAUUUCUAUGUAAGGGAAAUUUCAUUUCUUGAUGAAAAAGGUUUUUCUCCUCUGGGAGAACUUGAAAGGUAAGGAUUGUAGCGUUGCUAGAUGUCAUACAAAUUUUACAGCAAGAGUUGUUGAGAUGUGAUUAAGGAAUUGAGAUUUACUCAUAAUCCCAAAUUUCGUUGAAUUCAUUCAA